CAACAAAAUAUGACAAAGUUUGAACUGAAGAGGUUGAAACUUUCCCAGAACAAUAACAUUGCCAACCUAAACGCCUCCAUUUCCCGCCUUCAGAAUCGCUUUGAAUCCAAUGUAGCUUUUACAGCGGGACCUAGUCAGGCGAGAUCCACGUAUACUUCUGGACAGACUGUUAUAUUUGAUAGAGUCGUCUACCAGGUGGGAGGAGGAUAUAAUCCAACCAAAGGAGUGUUUACUGCCCCAAAGGCUGGGCUGUAUCUCAUAUUCUGUACUGUUGUAGCAAACAGUGAUAACUCAUUCUGGACAAAAAUAAUGAUAAAUGGUUCAGUUAAAGCAGGAGUCAUGGCUUACACAACACGCUCUAAUGCUAAUGCCUACCACUCAGGCUCCAAUCUUGUUGUCCAUCAGUUACAGGUGGGGGACAGGGUCUGGAUAGAAAUGCAUUUUGGUUCUACUUUGUAUUCACAGUUUCCAGACACCACCUUUUCUGUGACUAUGAUUAAUUAAUUUUAAAAGUUUACUUUUAGCAGUUAAGU